AUGAAGACCCCCGGGGAUGACGUGCGCAGGACUGGAACGGAUGGUUCAAAGUCGACUUGUGUAAAUGGCGAAGUUUACGAGGACAAGUCAGAUAUAGGCGAUACAGAAAUGGUGUCGGAAGCUAUGAGAGAAGAAAAUUUUGCGUUCUGGAAUGGAGAAACGAUUGUCGACGAAAUGCUAGACUCUGAGAAAGGUGUAUCGUCUCCUGAAAAUAGAGCUGAAGUCUCCAAACCAAGCUGCUCCAAAGAAUCAAGCAAGCCCGAAGUGUACAAGUACCCAAAAACUAAUGAACCCAAAUCUGCUGAAGGGAAAACGAAUGAUAAUGUUCGGGCUCGUCUGGACGAUUCGCUAUCCAGGAUGCAGAAUGAUAACAUGGAGGGGAAGUCUAGCUUUGGACGUUACAUGCGCCUCAAGAAAGACAAACUUCGUUACCAAGUCAACGUACAGAAAACACGUCAGAACGAGACAUUUCUGAAGCCUGAUUGGGUCGUCGAUUGCAUUGCUGCUGGAAGGCUUUUAGAAGUAGACAAGUAUAUUCUGCUCCCUUCUUCGAAAGAAAGAUCGAUAGCAGAAGUAUUCAGUAGAAAUAAUGAAGCUAAAGAAUCCAGCAUCGGUGGGUCUAUCUUUGACGCACGCGACCCGAAAUUUUUGGAGGAGUACUACGCAAGAUCACGCCUUCAUUUGAUAUCAACCUUAGCGCAAGAAAUGAAGGACUGGGUGAAAACAAUGCGUGAAACGGACACUCCCAAUUUUUCUGGCCGUGUUAGCCUGAAAUAUUUGUCGUCUCCAGAUUUUGUGAGACUAGCUUCGAAAAUAAUUUUUCACAUUGAUUUGGAUUGUUUCUUCGUCUCAGUGGCUUUGAGGGAUCGACCGGAUUUGAUUGGUAAACCUGUAGCGAUUACUCAUAGCAAGGGUGUUUCUGCGGGGUUUUCGGAGUUAGCUUCCGUUAGCUAUGCAGCUCGCGAAUAUGGCUUAAGGAAUGGAAUGAUUGUACGUGAUGCUAUAAAGCUGUGCCCGAAUCUGGUAUGCUUGCCAUACCUUUUUGACGAAUAUCGUGCCGUCUCCAAAGCUAUCUAUACAAUUGUUGCUCGAUAUACCCUUGAGAUAAGAGCUGUUUCUUGCGAUGAGAUGUAUGUUGACUGCACAAAGUUUUUCGACGAAUACCAAGGACAAGUGCUUAUCGAUGGUAUGGUGAAUUUAACCGAGGUCGUAGUUCACUCCAAGACAAAUUUCGUGGAGGUCUCCAAAAUCAGUUGCUGUUCCGAUGCUGCGCGCAAACUAAUAUCGCAAGAUCGUCAUGUGACCAAUCGUAGGAUUGGGACAACCUUAGGCAUUGAAGGGACCAGCAUACAUUUAAUAUUGCGUGAACGUUCGACUGUAAAAAAAUUGAUCCCACAAAAUUUGUCAUUCCCUCAAAAAAAGGUGUUGAUUGGUCGAAAGAAAUGCUCAAAAAAUACGAUCGCUGUGCUUCGAAACACGUCUAUGACAUCGAGACAGGUGAUGGAUCAUGGGUUUACGCGUAUGAGCUCGAAACUUCAAAUUGCUGACCCAGUUGCAUUUGCUGAGCAUCUACGAGCUGAAGUGAGACGCGAGACUGGCUGCCCAGCCUCGAUUGGAAUCGGUAUGCUUAUAUGUUUCAACUUCAAAAUGAAAGCAUUGAUGCACGCAUCUUUCCUGAAUGCUUAA